UGAUCAUGUGACUUCUCCUCCAUGUGACUGAUCACAUGACGGUGACAUCAUCGCAUGUCCUGUAAGCACAGGUGGAGGUUUCUCCAAUCCAGGAUCCUCUGCUGAUAUCUUCUAUAUAAGAGAAUUCUCCUGGAUGACCCAUCAACCAUGGAGAGAGACAGGAACAAGAUGGCCGACAGGAUCAUAAACCUCACCCUACAGAUACUCUUCCGGCUUACUGGAGAGGAUUACACAGUAGUGAAGAAGUCCUCUAGUGGGCGCUGUCGGGCCCCUGUGUGUGAAGGAUGGGGAAGAACCCUGAGCCCAAUCCCGGGGCCCCCACCUCACUACCUGAUACAUGAGGAAAUGGAUGAACAGAAGAUCCGAGAACUCAUCAACAAGAUGAUGGAGCUACUGACUGGAGAGGUUCCUAUAAGGUGUCAGGACGUGGCGGUCUAUUUCUCCAUGGAGGAGUGGGAGUAUGUAGAAGGACACAAGGAUCAGUACAAGGAUCAGGUGAUGAUGGAGGAUCAGCAGCCCCUCACAUCACCAGUCAGAUCCAGUAAGAGAACAGCACCAGAGAGGUGUCCCCGUCCUCUUCUUCCCCAGGAUGAUCAGGGAGAAGAUCUGAACAAUAUUAGUGCUCCAGAGACAGAUUUGAGUGGUGAUGAGCAGUAUAAGGAGGAUAUUCCUACAGGGAAAAAUCUUAUCUAUAUUAAUACUACAGACAUAAAGGAAGAAGAAGAAGAAGAAGAAGAGACAGAUGUGAGCGAUGAUGAGCAGUUUAAGGAAGACAUUCCUACAGGGAAAGAUCUGAUCUAUAAUAAUGCUACAGACAUAAAGGAAGAAGAGACAGAUGUGAGCAGUGAUGAGCAGUAUAAGAAGGACAUUCUUACAGGGAAAGAUCUGAUCUAUAAUAAUGCUACAGACAUAAAGGAAGAAGAGACAGAUGUGAGCAGUGAUGAGCAGUAUAUGGAGGACAUUCCUACAGGUAACCGCCCAGAUUCUUGUACCGGGAGAUCAGAGGAGAAUCUUAUAUCUUCAGAUUAUAAAGCAGAUGAUGAUAUCACACAAGAUACAUAUGAAGAACAUUCCAUUAUCCCAGAUACACCCUCAGCCCUUCACAGCCAAGAUCUCUCAUCCUUAUAUACAGGUCCUGUCUUCUCAGUCAUCACAGGAUGUUCAGCAAAAUAAAAGUCACAAAAGGGGUGUUGGACAUAAAAGCACUCAAACAGGAGAUAAACCAUUUCCAUGUGAGGAAUGUGGGAAAUUUUUUACUCGGAAAUCAGUUCUUGUCAAACAUCAAAAUACUCACACAGGGGAGAAG